UUUACGGUUGCACAUUCGUCCUCUGCUCAAAUAUAUCCCCCCGCGUUAACGCCUGACCGCUGACCGUGUGGCUGGUUAUAAAAAGUCCAGAGUGAUGCAGGUUGUAGAAACUUAGUGUCAGUGUCUGGACGAACAGAUUGACCCCAUUGGAACACACAGACCCACUGAGUCAGCACUGUGCAUUUAAACAGAAUGGCGUCCCCUUCACCCCAUGACCGCAGCCGUAAAGAGGAUGACGAGGAUGACCCUGUUGAGCGGAUGAUAUCCCGCACUGGCUGUGCUGAGCUACACUAUGCAGUGCAGGAGUGCAUGGCUGAACACCAGGACUGGAGAUUGUGCCAGAGCCAGGUCCAGACUUUCAAAGACUGCAUGAUGAACUUCCAAAACGCUCGGAAAGAACAGCUGAGGAAGCAGCGGGCGGCCUCCACUCAGUCUGCUCCCAGCUGAACAACAACACUCCACACUCACACUGAAGACUGUACACAAUCUAAUUAUUCAGGGAAAAUAAACGAGAAUAAGCAGCUACAACAUCUUGUCUUGGACAUUCAUUUAAGAAGUGUCUGUAUUAUACAGUUUGUCCACCAGAGGGCGCCGCAAGGUUAAUUUGUUCUUAUUGUAAACUGUCCUGCUCAGUGCAUAUCUUGAUCUGAGUCACUACUGAUCUUAAAAAAAAUAAACAAACACAUUUAAUAAAGGAACAAAACUGA